GAUAAAUCCGAAGAAAAUCGAACAGUAAAGUACACCUCAGCAUCAUGGCGGAUAUAUCUGAAGCUUCCUCUGUACCGGCUCUUGCUGUAACUGCUGCUGUUGGAGCUGUAGUACUGUUACUGGUUCUUCUUUGCAGUGUUUGGAAAAAAGAGACAAAGGAACAGAAACAAGACUCAGAUGAAAACCAAGUAACUAAAACGAAGGCAGAUCCUGUUAAACAAGAAAAAAAUUCUAAGAAAUCCAAACUGAAUGUUCGGACAAAGAAACCUCAGCAGUUGCAAGUUAAUCAUCCAUGGCUUGCAAGUACACUAAAGGGGAACAGUAGUGCUGUGUUAGGCAUAGACUUCAGCCCAAAUGGCAAAUAUCUCAUCACAACGGCUGAAGAUCGCUGUGUUAUGCUAUGGGGUACAAAGGAUUUCAACCAAAGGGAACACAAAUUCAUUAAAGGUAUUGUGGAACUGGACCAUGGCACUCAAGUGAAGUUUAGCCCAGACACCAAAGCCUUCAUUGUUAGCCUCGCCAAUGACAAUGCCCUUCGAGUGUAUAGGAUAGGCAAGAAAGACGAUGGAUCCCCUGGGAAUAUCACUUCUGCAUUCGACUUCCCCAAGACACAUCAGUCCGACAUUAUAAGCAUCGGUAUCGCCACUAAUGGGAGGUUCAUCAUGUCAUGUGGUAGUGAUACAACAAUUCUCAUCUGGACCAUUAAAGGUGAAGUACUAGACACCAUAGACACACACCAGAUGAACAACUCUUUCGCCUGUGUCUCUCCAUGUGGUAGAUUUGUUGCAUCUUCAGGUUUUACACCGGAUGUAAAGGUUUGGGAAGUAUGCUUCGACAAAAACGGAAGCUACGUAGAUACCAAGAGAGCGUUUGAACUGAAGGGACAUAGUGCUGGAGUGUAUAGUUUUUCAUUUAACAAUGAUUCCAGUCGAAUGGCAUCAGUAUCUAAGGAUGGGACAUGGAAAUACUGGGAUACUAAUGUACGAUACGAAAUGAACCAGGAUCCGUACCUGUUACAUACAGGAAAUAUUAGUUACUCUGGCUAUUGUCUAAUAGCUUUGUCACCUGAUGGUAGAACUGUCGCAGUAGGAGGAGAGAACUCGAUUACAUUUUUCAAUGCCAUCUCAAGCAAAGAAGAAGAAACUGUAGAUAAUAUUCAUAUAGGUGGUUUGGUAGAUUUGAGCUUUGACACGACCAACAAAUACCUAGUGACUGCUGGCGAUCGCUAUGUACACGUGUUCCAUAAUGUAACAGGAUAUCGGGCAACUAUAGAAGAUCUCCUAGAAAAAGAGAAAAAGGCACCUUCAACAGCUGUGAGGGAGCGUGUUCGCCAACAGAUCUUGGACGCUAAGUCAUCGUUAGCUAGCAUACUCGGGCAGUCCAACGGGCACGCCAGCAGCAAAUAGUGGUCAGAAAAUACGUCUCUCAGUUAUUGACUACAUUGGCAGCAUUCCUAAGGACAUUAUUUUUAUAAAUUGAUAAUUUACUUUAUAUGAAUGGAGCUGAUUUCUCUGGGAUACAACAACUGACCUUGAGUUUCUUAAACUUUCUCGCUGUAUUCUUUUCACAUGUAGAAAGAUGUUUUUAACUACAUGAACAUCUGAAAACUUGUAAAGCAAAAUAAAAUGACUAUGUUACAACUGGACGAUGUAUACAAUUGUUUUCCUCCUGUUUUGAAAUUCUUGGGAAAGACUACAAUUUGAAUAUGGAAAUAUGGAAAAAAAAUGCUCAAGUAUGUUUUAAAUUUAAAUAAAAGAAAGAAAAAAAACGUGAAAAUACGGUUUAAAAAUAUCAUGUCAAAGUAUUCUUAUAUUGGAUGUUUUGCAACACCAAACAUAUGACUAGAUCAGUGUUUGUAAACUAAGGUGUAAUGUACAGGUCAGAUGAAAGUGAUGAGUACAUGUCAUACUAAAGUCAGUAAAAGGUCACGUAAAAAUUUCAUUGAUUGUGCUUUAAGCAUAGGAACCCGUAUCUUGCAAUGGUUAUCAAGCCCGCACUGAUUUCAAUUUACAAGUGGGUAAGCUUUAAACCUAGUUUGUCUGUUGAUUGUCAAGUGAUCCACUUGUUCACGUAUGAUGUUGUGGGACUACAUUGUACGACUAUAUUAACAAUGCAGUAAUAUAUAUGUAAAACAAUUAGAGUUCCGUGUCAUACUAUUUUAGUACUUGAGAGAAGAUGGAGAAAAAUAAUGAAUUGUGUACAAUAUGAUUUACUGGUAAAUAGUAUUUAAAAAAACAACAACAUGGAUAUUAAAGUAUUUGAUGCCAUUUCCUACAGCACUGUCAUUUCGAUUUCUCAUUUAUAUUAUUAAAACUAUUCAAAUGUCAUGCAGGUAGAUUUUUCCAGAGACCUUGUCACCAGUCUAUAUUAAAUUAAGUAAUUUACUACCCUCCCAUUCUUCCAGACAUGCAGAUCAUACUAUAGCUGCAGUAAUACUGUAUACCUGAACAACUUUGAUCAGUAAAAUUUUCACCUUUCCACUGUAAAAUUCAUUUUUGACCGAUAUUAAAUUUGCCCUUCGCAUUUGAUUACUGUGUAUAUUAUGUUGUUUACAAAUGUUCGCUGUAAUGAUAAAUUCACCCUCAUUACAGAGGGCAAAAAAGCUGAAAAUAAAACUACAGGGAAAUUUUCCCAUUGUACAGAAUAAUUAUUCUUGUCGCUCAUCAAUGUUAAUACAGAAUUUAGAAUGGUGAUGUUUGGUUGGUUUUAUAGGGUUUAAAGUCCUCAACAACUAAGGUCGUUUAAGGAUGUAGACUGGUUACGAACCUAAGUAAUGUCUUUGUUUUUGUAAAAGGUUCUGAUUCGCUCAAUGGAGAAAUAGACCUAGUGUGAAUCAUAGUCUUCGUGUGUUCUUUUCUUCGUGAUUUUGACAUGGGCAGACUUUGGAAAAUAUCAACUUAGUCAUUAUUACCAAAGAUAUGGGUAACUUAUGUACGUCCAAAAGGAUAUUAACAUGACUUGUUGAUCGGGUAAAACUGAUUUUGUAAGAGAUACAAAUUGUUUUUAAUCAUAUCAUGAGGAUUUAUUUUUAUUUUUGGAUUACUUUUUUUAAGUUUUCUUGCAAUGAAUAAAUUAUAUUUGUUUUAUAACUAAGUCAUUCAACUGUCUUCUGUCAUUUUGCUUCUAGUUAAACAACUCCAUGAUUGCUUAAUGAUAUAAGGGAAACUUCUACAUAUUGUGCAAUUACAAUUCCAGGUAAAUAUGAUUAUUAA